AUGGGCGCCUCGGAGAUCCUCAAGCAGCUCGAGGUCAAGCCCACCGACGACGAGUUCGAAUCUAUCAAAACAAGCCGGUGGGGGAACAAGGACGUCUACCCUAUUCCUCAUGACAAGCGCACCUACGGCUGGCUGGCGUUCUACGCCUAUUGGGGAACAUGCGGCAUCUCGUUGUCAUCCUGGACGAUUGGCAGUAGUCUGAUCGGCAUCGGGCUCACUGCCGGACAGGCAUGCGCGGUGGUUGUCAUCGGCUGCGUGAUCGCCUCCCUCAGCGCCUACAUCAACGGCGCCGCCGGCGCAAUCCACCACCUCGGCUACGGCGCGCUCGCCCGGGCCUCCUUCGGGCUCUGGGGGUCAUACUUCGUGGUAAUGCUCAACGUGUUCCAGUCGUUCGUCUUCUACGGCACGCAGAUGUACUUUGGCGGGCAGGCCUUCGUCAUCAUCCUGAACGCCAUCUUCCCCAGCUUUUUGACGUUGGCCAACACGCUGCCCGCGGGCGCCGGCAUCACGACGCCCCAGCUCGUCGGCCUCGUGCUGUUUAUUUUGUUGUACUUUCCCGUCAUCUAUUUUAUUCCGCCGCACGUCGUCCAGCGCUACCUCGUCGCGAACCUGGUGGUGUCGAGCGCGACGCUCCUGGGCAUCAUGGCCUGGGCCGUGCAUGCCAACGGAGGCGCGGGCGACCUCGUCGCGCCGGCUGUUAGUGUGCCGUCCUCGCAGGUCGGGUAUCUGAUGGUCCAGGGCAUCACGUCGAUCGCGGGGACGUAUACCGGAGGCAGCGACCGCGUGAGCGACUGGACGCGCUACGCCAAGUCCCGACACGCGCCGACCCUCGCGCAGCUGACCGCCCUGCCCCUGACCGUGACCCUCGUGGCUCUGAUCGGCAUCAUCACCACGUCGGCCACGGCGCAGCUGUACGGUGAGGUGCAGUGGAACCCGGUCAUCAUGCUGCAAUUUGUCCAGCAGAGCUCCUACACGGCCGCCUGCCGCGCCGGCACCUUCUUCGCCGGCCUGGGCUUGCUGAGCGUGACCGUCUUCAUCAACUACACGCAGAACUGCGUCAGCUCCGGCAUGGACGUCGCGAUGCUGCUGCCGCGCUGGGUGUCGCGCCGUCGGGGGUCUAUCAUCUUCUCCAUUCUGGGCGUCCUUGCCCAACCAUGGCGCUUUCUCACUCAAGCCAGCACCUUCAUCACGGUGCUCUCGUCGUUCGGCGUCUUCCUGAGCCCGGCAGCAUCUAUCCUCGUCAUCGACUUCUGGGUCGUGCGGAAGUGCAGGUGGGUCAUCCCUGACCUGUACACCCCGGACGGCAUCUACUGGUUCUGGCACGGGCUGAACUGGCGGGCGUUCGUCGCCUACUUCCUCGGCAUGGUGUGGACGCUGCCCGGCUUCGUCAUGGCCGUGGGCGGCCCGGCUGUCUCGGACGGUUGGUACCACUUGUACCAGAUCUCCUUCUUCUUUGGCUAUGCUGUCUCUGGUGUGCUGUAUUUUCUCUUGAAUACGAUUUUCCCACCGCCCGGGCUGGGGGUGCAGCUUGACUUCGAACUGGUGGACGGCGAGGUCGUCGUAGGCGAAGCUGCUACGGCAAAUACCCACAGCCGGCAUAGCUCGGACGAUGUUGAAAAGCGCGCGGAGACUGUUGAAGGGAAGGUAUAA